AUGGUGCAUGGAGAAGAUCGUGGAGCACGUGAUCUACAUGACCUGUUCAACAAGCAUAUCUUCCAAGCUAUUCAGCAAGCUGAACAAGUGAGGGGUUUACUUCUUUCUCUCGAUUUUAGGGUUGAUUUUAUGUUACAGUAGAUGCUAAUCUAAAAUUAUUCAAUUUUCGAUCAUAAACAAAGGGAUUUUCUCGGAAAUUUGUCGGAAAUGAUGCAACAUUCUCUUAUGGAGAUGAUGAAACAGUUUUUUAGGUGAUCAAUUCACUUCCUCGUCGCAUGAACAUCAGGCCCAGGAGCAGAAGUGUUUCGUCCCAAACCGAUUCGGAUACCACGCUCUGCAGCAGGGGAAUUGUCCCGGACGAGUACUCGUACAACUCUCCGAAGCGCUGCAGCAGUCCAUGGAAUAGUCCAGUUGUUUGCCGUGACAAGAGCCACAAGAGAGUAAGAAUUUUUUUGAGUUUUUUCAAGUGUCAUGUGUAAGAUAAGUUUUGAUCUUUCAUGAAGCGAUAGUUUUGAUCUUUCAUGAAGCCUAUACAUGUUGAAAUGGGUGUCUGCGGCACCAAUUUUCCAUUGGUGACGUAUUAAAUUUCUACUCCUCAAUCUAGAUAAUUUUUUUCAUAAAGAAACUUUACUUUGUCGGCGAAACUUCAGAUUUUGAAGGGUGAUAUCGGAAUUUCCCCUUUGGCAGCUUGACUUUGAGUGAGGUUACAUGGAAUUCCAUUCAUUAGAAAGCUUAGAAAAUCGUGCGCAGACUGGAACUAGUUGUUUUCCGAAAUGCUGCGGGGUGCACGAGACAAAUGAUACAUUAUCUUAUCCAUCAAGUACAAUAUAAUUUUUUAGCCGAGCAUAGCAUAGUUUUGCAUCAGAGAUUGACUCGAGCUGCCCUCUAACCUGUCAUUGUUUCAGAAAACGCGCCGCAGUCAUGAUUUCAGCUCGAAUUGUCCUUCUGAUUGUCGCAUUGACAAAGAGCCCUUGAGAAAUGUGGUUCAAAUGGCCAAGAGUUUGGAUGACGAGCUGGUCACCAGAGAUCAUGUUGUCCGCUGUGAUGACAAGACCUACCUGAUGAGAGAACUGUUUCCGCGCAACGAGAAUGAUCGUCUGACUCCGGGUGAGAUCCAAAGGUUGAUCCGCAACAAGAACAAGAUUGGUGAUGAGUAUGUUUUUUAUUUAUUUUUUUGUUCAAACUUUAGGAUUUGAUCGAAUAUGAGCUGAUUGCUCUUUCUGCGAAGUUUUGUGGAGGUUGGAGGGAGGCUUAUAUUGUUUUGGUUCCCUUUUUUGGCAGGGAUGUAUAAGGUCGGAAAUGAAAAAAAUUUUUUGACCUUUUGCUUGGUGGUUUGCUAGAAGAAGCUAUGAUCAUCUCUGCUGAAGUUCUACGACUGAUCUCGUCAAGAUAUAAGGACCCUUUACGUCACUUUACCAACCUCAUUUUAGGAAAUGCCCAUGUCCAUACAAGUUCAAGCCAAAAACCGACACUGCGUCGGAGUACUCGGAUUCCUCGUAUGCUCAACGCUCCAGAAGAGUGGUGGCCGAAUUGAGCCGUCGUAUCAGGGGAAAGCGCGACAAAGAGCAGCAGAAAUCGAAAAGCGAAGAUUCCGACUCGGAGUAUACGACGCUUUCCGGAGAUGUUUCCGUAACUCAACUGGAUGGUGACGUCACUGAAGUGAAAUUGCCCUCCAUCAAGGUUGGUUGCGAAGUUGCUUGAAGUUGAUUUGACCCUAUUUUGGAUGUGGAAAUGAUAUUGUUUUAGGUCCCGGACACGUUUGACGGAAACCUCAGAUUUAGCGUGAACGUGAAGCUCAAUGAGAAGAACCGAAAGCCCAUCAACAUCUUGAAUGAGUUCGAAAUGGUGAACCGCCAGAUCCGGAGAAUCUUCGUCGAUGGAGAGGAGUUUGUCAGAAAGUAGAUGAGGAUAUUAUUGUAGAUGGAAAAUGAAUGUUUACUUUGAAAUAAAAUGAAUUUGGAGUAGUUUUAAUAACGGAGGAAAGCGUUUCAAAUCGGAUGGAAAAUUAUUUGAUAUGGGCUGAGUUGGAAACGAUAUACGACGCAGCAUGUUUUGCAAAAACUUUAAUACAGUGGCGGACCUGAUCCAGUGGCAAAAACGUAUCGUUUUGCAUCCGGGAAGUAUCAAAAAAUGUGGCAAAAUGCCUCCCUCUCCAACGAAAAAACUCCGUUUUGAAGGGUUCCAUCACAAAAAAGAGCGGGCGCGUUUUUGAAAUCGGAGUUUUUUCACUUGGAGAGGGAGGUAUUUUGCUACAUUUUUUGAUACUUCCCGGAUGCAAAGUGGUACGUUUUUUGCCACUGGAACAGGACCGUCACUGUUGACUACAGACAAUUAUUUAAAAAAAUUAGUUUACGAAUAAGUGCCUUUGUUAUGGUAUAGAUGAAAAGUUGACAACAAUCGAAGACUCGAAUUUGAGUUACUCCAGGUAUCGGAGUCAAACACACGAUUCAAUAUUUCUUCUAGUUUUACGAAUCGCUUUCAUAAAUGGCGUUGAUGACGCCGAGGAACAAAUGGUCUAAUGGAAACUCUUUUCCUCGAACCAAUAGCAUUUCGAGGUUCCUGAAAUUAAAAAAAUCCUGUGGAAACUUGCGAUACUUCUUUUUUAUCGAGGGUUUAUGUAAAUUUGAGCUUUUAUGCACUUUAUAUGGACCGAGAAAGACUUGACUCAUUUUAGAACUUUUUUGAAUCGAGUGUUCCCCUCGAAGGAAAUUAGCGGCAAACAGAAAGAUCAAAUAAUAUAUCACUGCUUUCAAUAUAUAUCCUUCGAGGGGAACACUCGACUCAAAAAAGUCCAAAAUGAGUCAAGUCUUCCUCGGUCCGAAUAAAGUGGUAAAACUGGCAAAUUUACAUAAACAAAAUAAAGAAGGUAUUGCAAGUCUGCACAGGUUUUUUUUAUUUCAGGAACCUCGAAAUGCUAUUGGCUCGAGGUAAAAGGGUUACCACGAGACCAUUUGUUCCUCGACGUCAUAAACGCCAUUUAUGAAAGUGAUUCGUAAAGCUUAGAGGAGUAUUGAAUCGAGCGUUUGACUACGAUACCUGGGGUACCUCAAAUUUGAUUCUUCCAUUGUUUUCAACGUUUCAUCUAUACCAUAACAGAGGCACUCACUUCCUUGUAAACUAAUUUAAAAAAGUGUUCAUAACCCAUAAUAAUUUUUUGCAAAACAUGCCGCAUCGUUUAUAGCUCUCGAAUCAUCACAUAUCAACAAAUUUCCGUCCGAUUCGAUACGCUUUUUUCCAUCAAAAAGAAAGGGUUUUGAAAUUGAGAAGUCGAUGGGUAAGAUCGAAGCGAAAGAAGAGACAAACUCCCCCUUUCAGCGAUUCAUCUCUUCCCCACAAAGCGAACCCAUCGAUCCGUUCGCCCCAUAUGAGUGCCGAAAAGGGCCCAGAAUGGUACAACGAGCGAGAUCUGGACCUCAUCAGCAUGCUGGCGGCUUGUCGUGUGGGAAAUUGUAAUGAAGUGAAGAAUUACAUUGAACAAGGGGUCGAUGUGGACGAAGCGGACGACGACGGCAUCACAGCGCUUCAAAUCGCUGCCGCUGAAGGGCAUUACGCCAUGGUAAGCGGGACUGGAAGCGAAUUAUAUUAUACUAGGUGAUCAAGUAUAAUAUUGCUCAAAUUUCCUGGGUUUUCGCUGGUUUUACCCGUCAUUUAGUUUAUAAAAUACCUCAAAAGUAUCAAUUAUACUAGCUAUACAAUAAAAUGCAAGUUUUUGCAGGCAGAAAUGCUGAUUCGCGAGCUUGGAGCUGAUAUUCAUCUCGCUAACGUGACCGGCUUCACGCCCUUUCUGCACGCCUGCAGAGAGGGCCACUUGAACGUAGCCAAGUAUUUGAUACAGAAUGGAGCCAGAUCUGGCGAUAAGACGCAAGUUUUGCCACUUUUUUGACUGAAUGCAACAGUUGACUCAAAUGCGUCAAGUGUUGCCUUAUAUUGUUUUAGAGACAGGGGUGGUCAGCGGACCCUAUUUUUCCGAUUUUCGGCCCGCGGCCCGGCCCGUCUAAUUACCGGCCCGGCCCGGCCCGUCUAGUCUUUUUCCAGGCCCGGCCCGGCCCGGCCCGUGACGGGCCUGGCCCGGCCCGGCCCGGCCCGUGCAGGCCCGUUUAUAGAGGGUUCUGCGAACUGCGCCCAAGCUUGGGAUCUAAACUUAGGCAAAAAAGGCGUUGAUAUAGCUAGUAAAGGAUCAAUGUGAUAGUUUUGUGGUUUUAUAAUGGAACUAUAGACUUGUAAACGUUUUAGAACUUGAGAAACAGCAACUAUAACAACAUCAAUUAAUUUUCCCGGCGCGAAAACAAUGAAUGCCAACGGUUUGGCAUUGUAAUUUAGACGGGCCGGGCCGGGCCGGAAAAACCCCAGGCCCGCGGCCCGGCCCGGCCCGGCCCGUGACGGGCCCGGCCCGUUUGUAAUUUUCCAUUUUUGAGCCCGGCCGGCCCGUUUGGGCCGGGCCGGGCCGGCCCGUCACGGGCCGGCCCGGCCCACUGACCACCCCUGUUUAGAGAAUUUUGGCCAAAAGUGUGCGACUUUUGGGCCAAAAAUAGCGUAUUCAAUUAUCAUUGAAAGCUUUCAGACGGUUCAAUGUGUCCGCUCUUGCGUUGGCAAGCGCUGGAGGCCAUGUGGAAGUUGUGAAUUUCCUCAUUUCGCUGAAGCCGACCUGCGUGAAAGACGAUGGUAAGCCCGUUUGAUUUGUUGUCUUCACAAUUUAGAGCUCAACUUGACGGCAAUUUCCUUCAGAAUCCCGCAAAGACGAGGCCGAAAGAUCGCUCCAAACUUCAGCCCGGCCCAUCCCUAAAAUCGAAGAAGAUCUCACGCCCACAGCGCUGAUUGCUGCCGCUGCCCACUCCCAGGUCGCCACCGCCGAGGUCCUAGAAGCUCGAGGAGCAAAUGUGAACCAUGUUUUGCCGGGAGAAAUCGGACUCACGGCUCUGCAUGUCGCUGCAAUCUGCGGAACCGUCCAAAUUGUGCAAUUCCUCCUCACAAAACGUGCAAUCCCAAGCCAAUUGGGAGGGAAUAGCUUUGAGAAAUGGUUGAAGUUCGUCAAGGACUACAAUGCAGUGCAGAUUCUGAGGCAGUUAUUGCAAGGGAAGAGCCUUCGAGACAAGAUGAACGACAAAAGUAAAGAUUUCGACAUUUUUCAUGGAGAAUUUUAUAAUUUUAGUUUUUUUGAUGUCUAAAACAAUAUUUUUUGAGUGAAACUUGAUUUCAAAAGAAAGCGUAGAUCAUCAGCUACAUUUUGCACACAAAAUUAUGUUAUUUUAGAUCAAAAUUCAUCGAGUAAUCUCAAUUAUUUUAGGCAUAACCGAAAUUUUGGACGAAAAUGAACUCCCUUUGCUCAUAAAAUACCGAAUGAACCUCCUCCUCAACGAUAAAGUCGAAGAUAUCACCGCUCUGAUGUACGCUGUAGCCUCGGGGAACCAAAAUGCGGUAAGGUUUUCCCAUUUUUCCCGAGAUUUUAUUGUUUUUCCGACGAAAAACGAGAAAAAAGUUUUCUCUUUUUAUUUUUUCCCCGGCGAAACGAGAGAGAAAUGAAAGAGAGCAGCCCGUGUCCGACCAUAGCUCAGUUGGUAGAGCGGAGGACUGUAGUUCAAACGGAAAUCCUUAGGUCGCUGGUUCGAAUCCGGCUGGUCGGAAUUGCUUUUUUCGCGAUUUUUUUUGAGACUUUUGAUUAAAAAGUUGUAAAAGUAAUGUUCUUAACGUAUUCUAAAUUAUAUUUUGUUCAAUUUUAUGCUGUUUAAAGUCCUAUUUCGGUUAAAAAGAUGUGCUUUUCCUCAAAAAAUUGAAGUUUUUUUUAAAAUGUCAAGUAUAAUGUAAGUUUUAGGUCGUAGAAUGCUGCAAGCCGGUCCCUGACGUCCUGUUACCGGAGAAGGCGGUCUCAGAAGACUUCAAGAUUCGAUAUUUCCACAAGGAGAUCAAUGCCCAGGAGCCAAGUUAUGGUCUAACAGCUUUGAUGAUGACUGUCGUAGCUCGGUAAGUUUUGAUAUAAAAUAUAUUUAAAUUGUUGUGUCAUAAUAUAAAAAGAACUCAGAGUCUGUCACAGCAUUUCGAGAAAGCAUAUUUUUCAAUUUGCUAGCAUUUUUAUUAUCUUAUCCAUUAGCGGAUAUCUGCCUUCAAAAAAUCUCGAAAUUUCAGAGAUUUCGAGAUGUUUCGAACAAUUCUUGAUGCCGGAGCUGAUCCACACAUCCGAACCAAAGCCCCCAACGAAAAACGCCGUCUCUCGGCACUCACAUUGGCCCAAAAAUUGGGAUUUACCGAAGUGAUCAUCUACUAUUUCAACAAAAAUUUUGGAAAUCAUUCAAAUUCUUCGGCAAGGUCAAGUCGAGACCAAUUCAUUCGGUCGACAAAAGAUAGUUUCAAGAAUACUAAAGAGGGAUUGAGAGCGAUCUUCAACAAGAUCUCACAAUUUGAGGAGGAACCGGCCGCCAAAGAACGUGGCCCCUCUCGAGCUGACUUUGAACUUUUAAAGCACAGCGCAGGCGUCGAUUGGAGCAAACCGUUGCCGUUUUUGGACACGCAACAACUCUACUACUCUCAUACUCCCUGCACUCGCCCAAUCGAGCCAAUCGGACACGAUGGAAAUGUGCAAUUGUGCGUUAAUUUGGUCAAGGUCAGCUUUUUGCCAUGAAUAAUGUUUUUGAUGAUUCUGGAGUCAACCACUGGACUUGGGCUUUGUAUUUUACAAAUAAAUAUGACUGAUUGUGUGUGUUUUUAGAAUAUCACGGAAAACUACCCAUUGAUUCAGCCACUCUUGCUCGGCGUCCCAUUUGAUGCGGACUACUCGGCAUUCGAAAAUUACUCAAACUCGGGACAAAACACGGCCGAGCCUCAUAGUGUGGACUUGACUGCCGAACAAAUGGUUCAGAAGUUUAGUCAGUACAACGCUUUCAAUUUGAGUACUGCAUCGGAUCGAAUGUUCCACCACAGUAAGAUUUAUUAAAAAUUUUUUGGGAUUUUUUGAAAAUUUUUGAAGAUUUUGCAGUUUUUGGCUGGAUUUGUAUAUUUUUUGAAUCAAUUCUUUGAAAAAACACUUGUUAACAUACGUGAAAAUUGAUAGCGAAGAUUUUGGCUUGUUUGGAUUUUUGAAAUCUGGUCGACUUUCAGGAAGAAUCGAGCAAAGAAGAAACUCGGAUAUUCGAACUUUUAGCGCCAGUGACAACCCAUACGGAGUGAUUGGGAACACCCUCUCCACUGACCGAAUCAGUUACGAUUCAGAGCCGAGAUCUGUGGCCAGGUAGGGUGGUCUUAUCGACUAGAAAUUUUUGAUGACUUUUUGAAUUUUUUGAUAUAAAUCAUCAAAAAGAGUACUGGACUGUUAGGUAAUUGCUGUAAAAUGGACUGGGAGACAUUGUUGUGAGCUUUACAGGUGUAGUUAGUGAUUUUAGAUGUAAAAAUUUGAAAUUUUGAGUGUGAUUUGUCAUGGAUAAUAUAAUGAUUUUUUGGUUUAAUUUUUUUUCCAGACGCAGUCCAGUCCUCCAAAUCCCCCCUCCGAAGUCCGUUCAUCGUCUUCAGAAUCCUCAGUCAGCGCCCACGAUGCGAAAACAGCUGCAAAUUCAAGCCAGGCACAGUGCGAACGGGAUAAUUAGUAACCAGCUGAGAUUACGCCAAAGACCCCCGCAAAUUUCACUUUCAAGGAAUGGAUUCUCAGCGAGACCAUCUAUGGGUAUGGAAAAAUAAUUUUUUCGGGUUUUACUUCUUCUUUUUUUUGGGUGUUACGCAAGUUUUUGCGAAAUUUUGGAGGCGGAUUUUUUACAAGAAAAGUACUCCUAUGGGGUAUGGAGUUACAGGUCGAGACAUAUAUCAAAAAAAUCACAAAAUUUUUUGGUUUCGGAAUAUGUCAAAAUUAGUUGCCCAAUUUUGGUUUGGAAGGGUGGAAACCCCCUCAGAACUUUACUCGCAACACCACGCAAAUGCCUUUUUGAUCAAGUUUUUACUAAUUCAAAAGUUUUGUUUUGAGCUAAAGUAAACCCUGACAAGCCUUAAAAUAUCAAAUUUGAUUAAUACUACGUCUUAAUAGUAGUUCCAAUGUAAAAAAGGGGCAUUGUAGUAUUAAUCAAAUUUGAUAUUUUAAGGCUUUUUUCAAGAUGCCAGGGUUUACUUUAGCUGGAAACAAAACCUUUGAAUUUGUGAAAACUUGGUAAAAAAGGCAUUUGCGUGGUGUUGCAAGAAAAGUUCUGCGGGUUGUUUCGCCCUUACAAACCAAAAUCGGGCAGCUAAUUUUUACAUAUUCUGAAUCAGAAAAAUUUUGCGAUUUUUUUGAUAUCUGUCUCGACCUGCAACUCCAUUCCCCAUAGGAGUACUUUUCUUGUUAAAUUUUUUUUUAUUCUUGUGUUUUACGCAAGUUUUUGCGGAAUUUUGGAGACCCAGAUUAAAAAAAAAUCGAAUAUUUUUCAAAACCAAAAAAAAUUCAGACGUAAUCCGAAAGGAGCUGCAAAACCACGGCAUUAACUAUGUGGACCGCUUCACCGAUCAAGAGAUCGACGCCAAAACUUUUAUGGAAUUGAGCCGCCGCGAGCUGUCUUCGAUCGCUGACAACGAAGCCGACGCCGACAAUAUCCACAAUGUGAUUCUGAGUUUGCGCGCACGCUACAACCUGCAACCCAAUACACCAUAA